AUGGAGAAAAUAGAAGAGAGGAACGGCUCAAUCGAUCUUCUUGUAACACUAUCGACUUUGCUGCGGGGUAGCAUUUAUGAGAAAUUGAGAUGGACUUUCAAGUUGUACGACAUAAAUGGUGACGGCUGCAUUACCAAGGGUGAAUUGGGUGAAGUUGUAACGGCAGUCCACGAGCUCAUGGGCAGGCGACAUCAUGCCGAAGAAGAGAAAAAGGCAAAAGAACAGCUGGACAAGGUUUUCAGAAAACUCGAUCUCAACCAGGAUGGUGUGAUCACAAUCGAAGAGUUUAUCGAAAGUUGUUUGAGAGACGACGUGAUUACACGGUCACUGGCAAUGUUCGACAGCGCACUUUGAUCUUCGGCUAAGGAGGAGCUUCCAGUAGCGGGGAGCGCGACGUCAACAACUCCACAGACACCACACUCGACAACAACAUUCUCGCAAUCCUUAUCUCCGUCGCCGCCGCCACCGUCCUACUCCCUGCUGCCUCCAAUCCCUCCGCCUUUGCCCUCUCAACCGCCGCCCGGAUACACCGUCCAGGAUCAGGAACUUUAUUUGCUUUUGGCUGCUCAUUGGUGGAACCAACCAGAGGCACCGCUUUUUUGUUAGGGGUAAAUUUUUAAUACCAUAGCUUGAAUGUAAGAGAUUGUUUUUAAUAGUUUUUUAUUUUCCAAAAUCUU